AUGAUGACCAUGACCACGAUGUCUGAGGGAAUGGAGACGCAGGACACGUCCAAAUCCGCGUUCAUGGAGUUCGGACAACAAUCGCAUUCGCAGCAGAGUUCUCCCCCGAUGCCCGGUGCUCACUACCCGUCUUUACACUGCCUCCACACGGGCAACACGCACUCGCACACCCACCCCCAUCACCACCAGCAUCACCAGCAACAACAGCCACAGCCGCAGCAGCAGCAACAGCAGCCGCAGCAGCAAGAAAGCCCAGGUGGAUUCGGUUCCAACUCAUACCCACGCUCCAUCGCGUACCCGUAUGUGAGCACGCACCACAGCCCCUACCUACCGUCGUAUCACAGCAGCAGCGCGGGACAGACGCGGCUGGAUGGCGCAGAGCAGCAGAAGACCACAGUCAUAGAGAAUGGGGAGAUCCGCUUUAACGGGAAAGGCAAAAAGAUCCGGAAACCACGAACCAUCUACUCCAGCCUCCAACUCCAGGCGCUCAACCACCGUUUCCAGCAGACACAGUACCUGGCCCUUCCCGAGCGUGCCGAGCUGGCUGCGUCUCUGGGCCUCACACAGACCCAGGUGAAGAUCUGGUUCCAGAACAAGCGGUCAAAGUUCAAGAAGCUCCUGAAGCAAGGCGGCAACCCCCACGAGAGUGAGGCCCUGGGUGGCUCGGCCAUGGCCCUGUCUCCGCGGUCACCCUCCAUCGCCCCUCCUCUCUGGGACGUCUCUGCAGUUACCUCCAAAGCAAUACCCGCUAACUCCUACAUGACGGGCUACUCGCACUGGUACGCCUCCCCUCAUCACGACUCCAUGCAGAGCCGCACUAAUGAUGCGGCUGCAGCGGAGGAGCAGACUGAAGCCGAGGACAUGGACUCACCUCUCCCGCUCCGCGCUCCGGACAGCCUCGCCAUCUCACCCUCAAUUAUCCCGCGUAUUGACAAACUCCUCGCUCCUCUAACGCCAGAGCUCCCCGGGAUCGAUGCGGAACAAAGCGGCAGCUGCACUCGCGUUCAAUACCAAGGAGAUAUUUGGGACAAUUUGUGGGUUUUUAUCCAAAAGAGUGAGGAGCUUUCACGCGAGGGAUAUUAUCUGAAAUUGCACCGCGCUGAAAAGCCUCAUGCAGCUGUCAUGUUGCUGAGGAGGCCCCCACACACGCAGGCAGGCAGGGGCCCGAGUGAAGCAACGCCCGCCGGGGAGAGGGGCUUCCUGAGCCGGUCUCAGAGAGUGCUUGGCCGCGUGGAAAGAACCAGAGAGCGCAAACAACUGGGGAAGCAUCCGAAAUCAUAA